AUGCGCGCUUUCAUUGUUCUCUGUUUGGUGGCGACGGCCUGUGCCCAGUAUAAUUACGGUUCGGGAAUAAGUGGAGGUCCAUCGGGAUCCUCUGGAGUAUCGGGAGGUGGAUUUGGAGGCCAUUCCUCGGGUGGUGAUCGCUCCACUGGAGGUGUGUCUGGCGGUGUCAAUACGGAAUUCUAUACCUUUGUCGCUCCCGAGGAUGCCUUCGAUGAUCCCCGUGCUGCCGAACAAUUGGCUGCCUCCGUCAAGCAGAACGUGCGUGUAAUUUUCAUUAAGAAUCCCGAAAACAAGGGUCUCGAAAAUGCCGUCCUCGCCCUGGCCAAGAAUGCUGCCUCACAGAAGACUGCCAUCUAUGUGCUCAACAAACAACACGAUCUUGGAGAUUUGGCCAACAAAUUCAAUGCCAUUCGCAGUGAUGCCAAUGCCAAGCCCGAAGUACACUUUGUCAAAUACCGCACUCCUGAAGAUGCUGCCAAUGCUCAGAGGACCAUUCAAAGUCAAUAUGAUGUUUCGGGCAGAUCCCAGACCAUCAAUGGUGGUGUUGCUCCAGUUCUUAACUUUGCGUCGGCAGCUCAGAACCGCGGUCGCCAAGGUGGUCAGAGCUUUGGUGGACAAAGCUCUGGUGGCCACAGCUUCGGUGGCCAAAGCUUCGGUGGCCAAAGCUUCGGUGGCCAAAGUUUCGGUGCUCAAACCCCAGACAGUGUUUACUUGCCAUCUUCGUUCUUGCGGAAAUUCCGUUCGAUUCGCCGCUCUUAG